AUGCCUAAGACUAUUCAAGGUCAUACCGACUGGCUAAAUGGUGUUGUGCACUUGCCCGGCGGACGAAGCUUCGUCACAUGUUCUUGGGACGGCUCACUCCGACUAUGGGACAUAGAGAGCGGCACACAGAUAGGCGAGGAUUGGCGGGACGAGAAUAACGCAGUGCGGUCCAUGGCAUUAUCUCCAAACGGAAAAACAAUUGCAAGCGGAAGCGGAGGUAGCGAUUACAAUGUGAGGUUGUGGGACGUCAGGACGAAGAAAGUUAUUGCCAAUUGGACAGGACACACCUAUGUUGUGUGCGCAUUGUGCUGGAGUGCAGAUGGAGAGCGAGUAGUGAGUGGAUCCUGGGAUGGGACAGCAAGAAUCUGGAAUGUCAAGAGCGGUCAAACUGUCCUGAUGAUCGAAACCGGGCACAACUGGGUGUAUGCUGUAAUGUACUCACCUGACUCAUCAAAAAUUGCGACAGGCGGAGACGAAGAGAACGCGGUAAAAAUCUGGCAUGCUAAGACAGGCGAGCUUCUCAAAACACUCAAACACGAUGGAAUGGUUUGCAGCUUGGUAUGGACCUCGGACCGGAAGAAACUGAUUGCCGGGUCACAUGGCCAGAUUAGGAUCUUCAACACUGCCACUUGGAAGCAGAUCGCUAUCCUUGAAGGUCACUCAAAUUGGGUCACCAACAUCUCCUUGUCUCCCAACAACCGCCUCCUUGCAAGUGCCUCAUUAGAUUCAACAGCGCGUCUAUGGAAUCUCAAAACCAACCUCCAAAUCGGACUACCCCUCCAGCACGAGGGAGUUUUGUGGUCUGCAACCCUUUCCCUUGAUGGACAGGUGCUAACCACUGCUUGCGACAAUAAAAACGCGUACACCCGGGAUGUUCACACCAUCCUCAAAGACGCCGGCGUUAAAAAACUACUCCCAAAUGUGACCAAUAUUGCACCAAAAGACAGACUUGAACAGAAGGCAUCAAAAGAGGGACUCGAACAGAAGGCACCAAAAGAGAGACUCGAACAGAUGGUAUCUCAAGAUGAUUCAGGAUUACGGCACAUACCCCGCUCUUCGCUCGAUGACAAGUCAUUUUUGGAAGCUGAUGCUACCCGAUGCCCUGGUCAGUUUGGUGAUGUCGAUGAACUCCCGUCAACAUUUUUUGACCACAUGGAAACCGAUGAUGAUUCCUCCCCAAUGGGUGGUGCACACCCCCAUUCCUCUGCAAAUCCACUCCUCGCUCGUUUUUCCUCGUUCCUCCGUCGCUUUCGACCCGACAAUGGUGAAACGACUGAACUUCCGCAACACUCAAGCCCUUCGGCGUUCCAUCUACACGCUCUCCUCACUCGCCUGUCAUCACUUAUUCACUACUCUCCGCCUGGAAGUGAUACUCCAAAUGAACUUCAGCAACCCUCCACGACAUUGUGGUUAGAUCCACGUGCACUCUUAGCUCGCCUUUCCUCACUAUCCCCCCGGUCUCAACUGGGCACAGACGAAGAAGCAGAACCCCAUCCAACAGUGCCUUCAAGUUCACGUCCAGGUGCACUCAUCAGCCAACUGUCCUCACUCUUCCACUCUCAAACCCACACCAACGAAAAAAUUGAACUCCGGCAACGCCUAAGUCAUCCUCGCGUUGUUGAAGUGGCUGCAGUCCGGGACAGGCAGGCUUUGGUGGUUGCUCGGGGACCAAAAUUCGAGAAAGCAAAACGAGCAUAUGAGCAACAAACCCAAUCGCACGGCCAAGCCCAGGCGUCGUCAUCUCACACUCAACUUGCUUCAACAUCCAUGAUAUCUCCUGCUCCAGGUACUACCACAGCAGGUGUAGCAACCCCACAGUCACCACCCAUCACAUGGUGGGCUCAGACCGUACUGUUUCUUUGCUGUGCAUCCCCACCACACGCCAAUGGUUAUUAAUACAGUUAGCGUCGCAGCAUUUGAACAACUACAUCACCUUUCCUUCUAUUGAUUUUGCACGUCAUCUCUCUCACUGUUUUUUCAGUACACCAUCAAUUUUUUUUCCCUCGUCGUGACAUUUGCAUCAAACACGAUAAUGCUAAUCGUUGUGAGCGGAGGACGGUGUGCUUCGUUUGCACGUGAAUUAAACAGGAGUCUUCUACAACGACCCCAGUCAUCAGAGAAAGGCAUCAUGACCAUGAAACACAUUGUUUGUUAUACCCGUGAUCGAGGACCUGUUGAGCGCCGCCUCGUAAGUCUGAACAGGUCUUUAGAUUUGAGGGCAGACGCUGGCUUUUCUCAUCGCUCACUGCUUCAAAUAUUCAGCGUUGCGGUCGUCGUUAUACAUGCAGGUUACUAAC